AUGGUUGAGGUACAAACACUCGUCCAACCAGACAUCCAAUACCACCCCGACUACGUUAAAUACACAGCCCGCACCCAGCGCCGUGUCACCUCUGAAACCCUGCCUAAGACUCUGCCCCAAGGCUUCCCCGAGCAUCUCAACUCUCCUCUGGUCUGGGAAGGAACAGAAGUAGAGAAGCGCGAUGACUGGAUCUACAAAUUGAAUGAUGCGCAGCUUGACGAAAUCGACCAAGCCCUGCAGUCGUUUAAAUCAAAGAACCUUUCCCUAGGUUCAAUCAACCAAUCUACUUUUCCCCUACCAACCCUUCACCCUGUCCUUCGCGAUCUCUCCCGCGAAAUCCACCUAGGUCGGGGCUUCGUCGUCGUCCGCGGCCUUCGCAUCGACAACUACUCCCGCGAAGACAACAUCAUUAUCUACGCAGGCGUCUCCUCCCACAUCGGAAACUACCGCGGAAGACAGGAAGAUAACCGGACCAAGGGAGCCCCUUCCCGUGUGCUAUCCCACAUCAAAGACAUCUCCAAUACCGUCCAACCGGGGACUAUCGGCGCGCCCUCCAACACAGCCGAUAAGCAAGUCUUCCACACCGACUCGGGCGAUAUUAUCUCCCUCCUCUGUCUCCAAGAAGCCGCAGAGGGCGGAGAAAGCAAGCUAGCUAGUAGCUGGCACGUCUACAACAUUCUUGCCAAGGAGAGGCCGGAUUUGAUUCAUACGCUUACGCAGGAAUGGCCGUUUGAUGGAUUCUCCAACCCCACGCAGCCAUACAGCACCCGUCCACUCCUCUACCACCAACCUGCCACAUCUAGCACCCCGGAACGAGUCCUGAUCCAAUACGCUCGCCGCUACUUUACUGGAUUCAUGGCACAACCUCGAUCUACCAAUAUUCCACCGAUCACCGAAGCGCAGGCAGAGGCGCUCGAUGCGCUGCACUUUUUGGCUGAAAAGCACAGUGCGUCGCUUGGAUUCCAGAAAGGAGAUAUUCAGUACGUGAAUAACCUGAGUAUCUUCCAUGCCAGGAAUGGGUUCACGGAUGGGCCUGGGAAGGAGCGCCAUUUACUGCGUCUCUGGUUGAGGGAUCCUGAGUACGCAUGGGAGACUCCAGAGCCGCUGCGGAAGAGAUGGGAUAGUUUAUACAAGGAUCUGGAACCAGAGGAGCAGGAUUUCCCUCUCGAGCCGAGGAUUCGGGGGAAUACGACUUCUUAGGUGGUCUUGACAGGUUUAGUUUAUGCAUGUUUCAUUGGAUUGUGG